AUGCGUGAUAGAGAAGUUCUAUCCGCUUUCGAUCAUUUGGAUGAAGUUGUAAAUAAAAAAUUUAAUGAUGAAAACCAUCAUCCAGAGCUUAAACUUGAUGCUACUGUGAGGAGAUCUAAUGAACUUUGUGAUGAAGAAAAACAAUUUGUCAAGGAUAGAAAAAAUGUUAUUCGUGAAGCUUUUGCUAAAUAUAUUGGAGUUGAUGUCAGUGAAAUCCAUCCUGAUGAUAUUCCAACCAUAGCUUUCAUGGGAAGUGGUGGUGGUUUUAGAGCAAUGAUAGUUGUCACCGCAUAUUUUAGCGGCAUGAAAGAUAGUGGAUUAUAUGAUUGCCUUAGUGGUAGUUGUUGGAAUUUGGCAAUGUUAUAUACCUCAUUGGCUCGUAGCUCUGACAAUCACCCAGUUGAUGAUGUAUUGGCUUACUAUAAAUCGAAACUUACUCAUAGUAUCACUGAUGUUCGUGGUGUUUUUAAAGAUCUCGCUCACAAUCUUAAUCCUAAGGCUGCUGUCGAACAUUGCUUUGGUGGAUUGCAACAGAAAAAAGAGUCAGGAGCUAAAGUAAGGAUUAUGGAUCUAUUUGGUUCAUUAUUGGCUACAAAAGUAUUGUUAGGUUCGGAUCCAUCAAAACAACAUGAAGAUUUCAAAUUGAGUAAGCAAAGGAAAUAUAUUGAUGUUCGUCCAUGGAAAGAUGAACUUGAUGAAAAAGAUCAAGCUUUGGUCGAAAAUUAUGCAGAAGUUUGGGCAAAACAUAAAGAAGAGAAAGACCAUUUUCAAUGGUAUGAAGUUACUCCUUAUGAAAUGGGAACUGAAGAAAUUCCUGCAUAUAUUCCCACAUGGGCAUUUGGUCGAACGUUUGAAUUGGGUAAAAGUACUAAUCGUGUACCCGAACAAAACCUUAGUUUAUUGAUUGGUUUAUUCGGAUCUGCUCCAUCUGCACCUCUUCUUUUCGAAAUUAAUCAGCUUGAACUUGCUCUUGGAAACGGAUGGGCUAAAAAUGAAUUUAAGAAUGUGUAUGAACAUGCAAUGAAAAAAAUGGGUGAAGAUCAACAACGUAUUUUUGAAGGUCACCAACCUGUACCACCUCCAAAAAAUCAUAACUUCAUUUAUCAUCUUGAUCCUCCGCCAUAUAAACUUGGUAUUACGAAUACAAAAACUCUUAGUCUUAUGGAUGCAGGUGUAUCCAAUGACUCACCGGUUUAUCCAAUGUCUCGCCCUGCAAGAAAAAUUGAUGUUGUAAUUGGUUUUGAUUGUUCUAGUGUCAUUGUUGGUCGUGAUUUAUUUGAAAAAGAACAAACAGAAUUUUGUGCAAUUAGAGGAUUUGAGCGUAAUCCUCGUGAUCUUACCAACAAAUAUUGUGAAAUUCAUGAUUAUACGCCAAAUGGUAAAAGUAAUGGUUAUUGUCCACCUGCAGAACAUCCAUUUACAUUAUGUUAUUUCCCAUAUUUACCUAAUGAUAAAGUUGACCCGAAAUUUACACCAGCUACUGAAAAAUUCAUGGCUUUUAAUAAUUUUAUUUAUACCUCUGCACAAGUUGAUAAAACUGUUAAAUUAGCUAAACAAAAUUGGAUGGAUGGUGAACAAAAAGUCAAAGAAGUUAUUAUCGAAGUAUGGAAAAAGAAGAAAGCUGCUAGAUUGGGUGGUAAAAAAUAA